AUGAAAUCAUUCUUUUCUUUCACUGGUCUGGCUACCACACUCUCGUUACUGGCAAGCGUACAAGCUGUGUCCAACUCUACCAAUGGUCCUUCAUGUGGAGUUGCAAAGGCAGACGACAGCUACUUCAGUGUUGUCGGAGUCCAGGGAACUGGAGUACACCCCCGACAGGAACUCCGUGAAUUGCAGAAAGACACGGAGUUAUGGAACAUCUUUAUCCAAGCGUUUGCUCGCUUUCAGGCUAUGGACCAGGAUCAAAAGAUCUCUUACUUCCAGGUCGCAGGGAUACACGGAGUGCCAUUCCAGAAGUGGGACAAUGUGAACGGGACAGCUGGUCAUGAGAUGAUGGGAUAUUGUCCUCAUGGGUCCAGCAUGUUCGGUCCGUGGCACAGACCGUAUCUCGCGCUCUUCGAGCAGGUUCUCCAUGAUCGCGCGGUCGACGUCGCCAAUGAGUAUCCCAUCGGUGAAGCCCGUAACAAGGCCUUGGAUAUUGCAAACCGAGUUCGCCUUCCUUACUGGGACUGGGCAAUGGACCCGCCAAACAGUGAAGAGGGUGUCAUUCCUGAGAACGUGCGUUGCCUCACGGCUACUGUCACGUUUCCCAAUGGGACCACAGGGUAUAUCCCCAACCCUCUGUACAAAUACGACUUCCAUCCUCUGAAGUAUGAUGACUUCGCUCCUUUGAGCGAGUUUGAGUUCAAGUACUGGAAUCACACUAUUCGGUACCCAGCUGACCCGCAUGCUGCCAAUGCCACCAGCCGUAACAGCGAGGUUAACGAUCGAGUGGGCAAGCAGCAGCCCAAUCUCCGCGAUAUGCUCUACAAGUUGUUGACAACGUACCAACCCUUCAGCCAAGUGAGCAACAAGGCGAACGGUGGCAAGAUCGGAAACUUUGAGACUCUACACGAUGGUCUGCACACCGUCUUCGGAUUGGGUCACAUGGGUAUAGUGGAGGUUUCCGCCUUCGACCCCAUCUUCUGGUUCCAUCACUGUAACAUUGAUCGGAUCAUAUCUAUGUACCAAACUCGCUACCCCGACACCUGGGUCGAGGACGCCGAGCAGCGUAUGGGUUCAUUCUCUGUCGCCAGCGGUAGCGUUCUUGGUACUGCUUCGCCACUCGCACCGUUCCACAUGAACGCCCUUGGCGACAUGUGGACUGCAACCACUUCCCGCAAUUGGACCUCCUUUGGAUACACCUACCCCGAACUCGAAAACAACCCCAGCAAUGCGACGCUGACAUCGUCCAUCAAUCAGUUGUACAAGGCCCAGAAUCAAGGUCUGAGCGAGACCAAUGCGACUGUCAAUGCGACAUUCCCGGCUCCAGGCGGAGGCAGCAUCAACCGCACGGUUCAGGCUACCGACUGGCAGUGUGAAGUCAAUAUGCCCACCGACAUCAAGGUCUCCUACGCCGUUCGUGCCUUCCUUGGCGAGCCCAGCACCAACCCCAUCGACUGGCCCACAGACCCCAACUACGUUGGUCAGCUCGCCACCUUGUCUUCUCCGCGAAUGAGCUCUUCAAACAUCGUUACGGGUAACAUUGGCCUGACAGAGAAGCUCGCACAGAAGCACGCGGCCGGCGAGCUCAAGAGCCUGGACAAAGAGACAGUACAGGCCUAUCUCAAAGAGAAGUUCAGCUGGCGCAUCCAAGCUCUGGACUUCAGCGAGAUCCCACGAAACAAACCACCCAAGGGCUUGAACGUCACCGUAUUCAGCGUGCCAGUCAGCAUCCCAGAAUCCGACACCGAGGUGCCGACCUGGAACGGCGAUGUCGAAUACAAGGACGACAUCGAAGGCAACCCGCCUGUGUACAACGGACCUGGACCUGACGGCACCAACUCCACUCUCCCUGCCGAUCAGUCGAGCGGAUCUUACGACGCUGAAUCUGGCGAGUUUGUAUGGAAGAAGGCUCCGGUUCCGGAAGUCGCGCCUGACGCUGGUGGUGCGGGUCCCCAGAUUGCAACGACGCUCUUGGAGUCGGUCAUUACGCAGUAUGUGACGCUGGGUGCUUCUACCCCUGCGGUAUCCACACCUACACCUGCGACCUCAUCUGAGGUCUCCAGCGCGACAUCUAUCUCUUCUACACCUACUCCCACACCCCAGGUUUCUAGCGCACCAGCCGUCUCAGAGCAAGCGCCUGAGCCUACCGCGCCCGCUGACCCACAAACUACGGUCGUGACUUCGGUUGUCAUGGAGUAUGUCACUGUGUAA